UCAAUGGUUAUGAUAUUCGCACAUUUGUUUAACAGUCAACUCGAAACAGUUGUCAAUUUUCUGAGUGAAUUUAACGUAAAUGGACGUGCUGGCCUUGAAAUAUUACUAAAAACUUGGUUUGAAAAUUACGAAGAUUUUCACGGAUUUUAUAGUUCAAAAAUUAGUGCGAUGGCUUUAUCAAAGUUAUUUUUAUCCGGCGAUCCUAGGAUACAAAAUAUUCAAGUCAGAGGAGAUUUAAUAAUUUCAAACUCAACAAGAAUAAUGACACGUUCUCAAACACGUCAAAAUCCUGACAAAUACACUUCCAUACCAGCAACCGAAAAGAUUAUAAAAUUACUGUUUUCUGACUUGCAGAAUGCUAUUGAGGUCGAUAAUCUAAAAAAGCCAGAAAACGAAUACCAAGAGGAUGAGGAGGAAGCCGUCGAUUCUUCUGAUGACGAUGGCGAAUGGGAAGAUGUUGACGAAUUAUCUUCUUUUGCACCGGCCGAUGAUUAUCGAUUUUUAGGAUUAUUAGAUAAGUCGGUGGAUUUAGAUGAUGUAGAAAACGAUUUAGAUAUUCAAAACGAUCCUAUCUAUCAAAUGAGUAUCAAA